GGUAGAGUAACUUACUUCAAUUCAAGCUUAGAUGCUUUUUAUACUCAACUUUACCCUACAGAAGAGGAAGAAACAACCUGUGAUUGGGCAGGUUUUUCUCUUGAUGUCUCUGCCUGCCACUGAAGUGUCUCUUGAGUGAUGCUGUAACAGAGAUUGGCGUGGCUGACAGCAAAACCAUCAUGGGAACAUAGGGAAAGUGUUCUGGAAACAGCAUAAAGUAGAGCAUCCCCAAAACACUGACAUGGCCCUGCUCAAGGCCUAAUUCCUUCAUGCACAAAAAUGUACAUACUUCUGUGUGUGUGUUAUAUAUAUUUAUAUAUAUGUAUGUGUAUACGUGUGUGUAUACACACACACACACAAACACACACACACACAAAAUGCAAGGACUAGCUUUGCUGCCCCCCCCUACUGUAAUGCAUUAUCAAGGUUUACUGAGUGGAUAUGUUGAGCUUGAUAAAGAAACUAGCAUGACCUAAUGCUUUUGUAUUUUCUCCAUGUCCAGGCUUUGAUGAGCCUCUUAUUUGACUACUGUCAUGAUGUGACCUUCCGGAUAGGCAGCAGAUCACUGGUAGCAAAAAUCUGUCUCUGGGUUCAGAAUCAGUGUGGGGCUCAGUCCUGCUAAGUCCUCCUUAACUUCUUAAGUAAGAUGCCAUUUGGGUGAAAUUGCUUUCAGCACAAGAGCACCUAGCGCUCUUGCUGUGUAAGAAAGUUUGUCAUAUUAUUCUGGGGGAGUGGGAAGACAGGGGUUCACUUGUCCCCAGAGGUCAAGUAGUUUAAUGCUUAGCAACAGGAACUAUUCUGGGUUAACAGCAAAUGUAAACAGUGCAGGCUCUGGCCUUCCUCAGAUGGUAGAGAGACAAGCCAGAGGAAAAUUGAUGCUGCUUCACAGUUGUACACUUUGUUUAUGCACCAGCCCCAUGGAGCAUGGGUUCUCUGCAGCACCACAGAACAGGUGUGAUGUCUUUCAAUACCCCUCAGAGCAAGUCAAAGCAUAAACACCUGCAGCCCAUCUGUACAGAAAGCAGUGCUCAGCUCUCUGAAAGUCUGUGCUGUCACAAACUGGCAUGCAGAACAGCAGCUUCUGCGACCCCUCUGCUGCCUGAGGGGUGAGCUUGUGUCUGAUGUCAGAAAUCUGUGACAUCAACAGCAGCACAUCAGCAGCCUCCAGUGAUGUCACGGCCACUUGCUUUGGACCCAGGUGGGAUGGUGGAAGGGCAGUGCAGAGAAGCAUGUCCACCACUAGCUCUAAGACAACAACAGCUGUACAGGGAAAGUCUGCAAGAAAGGCAGCAGCAGCCACAACCCAUUCAAAGCCUGAAGGGGAGUCACGCUUCAAUGGCAAAGGGAAGCCUCAAGGCAGUGAGGGAAACUAGAGCCAUAAUCAUAGACAUUGGCACAGGUUACUCGAAGUGUGGCUUUGCAGGGGACCUCUGGCCUUCCCACGUAAUUUCAUCAACAGUUGGCAAGCCCAUACAAGAGCCUGCUAAGACUAGGGACAAGCAAAAAGAAACCUUUGUUGGCAGAGUGCUUCAGAACAUCAGUGUGCCUUUAGAGCUUAUCAACCCAUUAAGAAAUGGUAUAGUGGUGGACUGGAACUGUGUCCAAGAUAUGUGGGAGUAUAUUUUCCACACAGAGAUGAAGAUUCAACCAGAGGAUCAUGCUGUUCUGGUGUCAGACCCUCCCCUGAGUCCCACCACUAACAGGGAGAAAUACGCUGAAAUGAUGUUUGAAGGAUUUUGCAUACCUGCCAUUCACAUUGCCUACCAGUCCCGGUUAUCCAUGUACUCUUACGGAAGAACCUCAGCUCUUGUCGUGGAGAGUGGCCAUGGUGUUUCAUAUGUAGUUCCUAUCUAUGAAGGUUAUGUCAUGUCUAGUAUCACUGGGAUGGUAGAUUAUGCUGGUUUAGACAUCACAUGUUAUCUCAUGAAGCUAUUAAAUGAGUCUGGAAACACAUUCACAGAAGAUCAGCUAAGUAUAGUAGAAGAUAUUAAAGAAAAAUGUUGUUACACCUCUCUAGACCUUGAGCAGGACUUGAGUUUGCCUCUUCAGAAACAACAACUUGAUUACAAACUGCUAGAUGGCAAUCUCAUCACCAUAGGCAAGGAGAGGUUCCUGUGUGCAGAAGCACUCUUCAACCCAGCCUUACUUUGCUCGCAGGAGCCGGGACUUUUGCAGCUGACAAUGACCUGUCUCAAGAAGUGUGAUGCUGCCCUCAUGAGAAUAUUGGUGGGGAACAUGUUGCUGUGUGGGGGCAGUACUAUGAUGGCUGGUUUUGCUGCCCGCUUCCAGAGUGAACUGAGCUGGAUGUGCCCAAAUGACCACUUCACCAUUGCUGCAUCCCCUCAGAGGAAGUCUUCUGUCUGGAUUGGUGGGUCUAUUUUGGCCUCACUCCAAUCCUUCCAGCAACUCUGGAUUUACAAGAGGGAAUAUGAAGAAUACGGUCCUUCCUGCAUUUUUAACAAGUGUUUCUGAGGAUGACGGUGGGUGAGUACAUCCUCCGGAAGACCAGUGCUGACAAAGGGUUCCUUAAUCAAACCAAGAACAUCUCCCUUGACUAUUAUUAAAGUACAUUAAGAGACCUCUGCUGCAGCUAUAUUGUGCUCACAAUAUUGUGUCUGGAAUCUUUUGUGUUUGAUGAACCUCGACAGCACAUAGCAGGGGGACAGAUUUCACUCUUCUCAUGCUAAUCAGGCUUCCAUACAGCUGUACCUGCUCAGGAAUUAGGGCAUUUCUUAAGCUAAAUGCAUGAUUUUGCAUUAGUGGCUUAUCUGAAUUACUGUUAACAACAGCAGUUGGCAAAAGCUUCUGCAGAACUUAAAAAGCAAAUUCAAUGUCUCUGUCAAGACACCAACUAAUGCAGAGCAUAUUUCAAGGUAAAAUGUACCUCUGGGAAAGCCAAAGAGCAGCCUAGUAGAAGUCAUGUGAAAGUAAACUGGUUGCUGUUGAAGCAGAGUCUAUGGUCCAGUAACUGGAAAAGUAGGAAGCAGGAGUCAGGACUACCCCACUGCAGGCUCUCUGUGACCCAUGAAAAAGCCCCAACAAUGGAAGAAGGCUCAAGAUGCCCAUGAAGCUCAGGGAAGACUGUAAGGAGUGACUGCCUACAGCUGUUGCAAAGAAAGCUGAAUUUAUCUCAACACAAAGGGGACCAGAGGUGGCCGUUGUCUUAGAUGAACAACAGUACAGUCAGUUGAUCCAUUCAACCAGUAUCACAGUUGAGUGGGUCAGCCAGUUGUGUAAAUUUUUUCUGACUUACUCAAAAGAAUGUGAAUAUCUUCCUGAGUUUGCCAGACCAGCAUGGAGUGGGAGUAGGUGACUUCGAACUACACAGAGUAUAAAAACUGAAGUAAUUAACAAAAGAUUUUUGAAAAUAGCAAUGGACUUGAACUAGUUUCAACCCAUGUAUUUCCUCCUAGGGACUGGAGGUGCCCAGCACUGUGACAGUGAACAUAUUACAGAGAUCAGUAAUCAUAGAAUCACACUUACAUUAUGACUCAACUGUAUACUUCAAAUGCUACAUUCUGCUAAGUAUGACUUAAACUUGCAUGAUUUCAGUAUAUUGCUGUAUCACUCUGCUCAAUACAAAUCCCAUGUAACAUAAAGUAUCUUCAAAUAAGUAAAUCUGAUGUUGAGCAUUAUACCCUUUGUAUGUGGAAUACAUAAAAGCAGCUGCUCAAGGAGCAUUGGACUCUGAUACUUACUGCCACUAGGUGCAGGUUCCAGCUCUACUGCUCAUUUGCCAAAGUUCACUCACAACAGAGGGAGUUGGGAGGAGACAAUGGAUUUCACAGAUGAAUUACAAGGUGAAUGAUUCAGAAGACUGAUCUUCUAUUGGGAAGGCAAAAGAUUUCAACUGAUUUAUCUUUGAUAGGAGAAGAGCACAGCCCAUCCAAGAUCAGAGGCUCUUCCCCUUUGAUCAUCAUUGCAAUGGAGAUGCAGAAGAAGCAAGACCUACACGUUACAGGAAAUGGAGUGUUUUGGUAUAAGCAUAAAGUCCCACAAAGCAUCACAAAGCCUGCAGCAGUUUUACUAUUUCUUGGAUUCUUUUAAAGUCUGAAUUCCUUUCUAGAAAAUAGGCAGUACAAGACCUGAGCAUUUCCUUGCAACAGAUAUAGGAGUGUCAGGAAUUAGGAAUGCCAUUGUCAUAUCCCAAUUGGAAGGUCAGAGCCAGAGCCUGGGAAAGAAAGCAGACUCUGCCACUCCUUUCAUUAGAUCUCAAGAGAUGGUUUCCACUUUGACCUAAAGGAAAGGUGCUGUUACCAUUCUGAGGACUCAGAUACAGUAAAAUACUCAGGCCUGUGCAGCAAUUCUUGUGUUUUGCUAUCUCAAGGCUUUAUUCUUGGAAAACUUCUCCAUUUUAACCAUAGUACUUGACAACAGGUGUAAGCCAUCCCCACAGCAUGUAGAGUAGGCUGUCUAAGUCAUACUGGGAAAUAAGAUCACUUCUGUGUUUCAGGCAGCACUGAAAAUGGAUGGUUUUACCAUUUCACCCCAACAAUCCCAAGGCAGCACAGCAGCUACAGUGCAGGCCCCUGUGGCCAUCUCAGCACUACUGAUGGGCAACAGUCACCCCAUGCAUGUAGUUCUUCCACCAAGAAAACAAUGCUCUGGCAGUAUUAUACACAUGCAUAAUGCCAUGCAGUAACAACAUCUCAUGCUGUGCACAUUACAGCUACCUGAAACAGACAGGAAGUAGCUCACUGUGCUACAUUCCUCCACAGUGCCUAACUGAAGAAACUUGCAUUGAAUGCAAAUACUGCCAGGCCAAAAUUCUCUCUCAUGAAUGCAGGCUGAGGCCCCUGAAAGAGUUUCAGCUCCAGAACUUGUCCCCUUACUUCUUACUAGAAGCAUUCUGGGGUAAAAACUAGUUCUCAGGCAUGAAGUCAAAUCAUUUUGCAGGAGAAACAAUUCCCUAAUAGCUCACAGUGCAGUCAGGGUACAGCUACUGAGCUGCUGGUGCUACUGGGCAACAUUAGCUGUAUUUGACUUUAAAGCAAAUUUAUCUGGGUAGUGUUACCUAGCAGUAACCAAAACCCCUCCCCUCCCUUUAUUCAUGUUGCUAUGUACCCAAGAUCUUCCUAGUGCAAGUAUCACCAUUUUCAAUGCAGUAGCUGCUGUUGGUACAGCAAGAUUCGCUCUGAUCUAACAAAGUGAUUUUGGUGAAAAUCUUCUGUUGCCAACAUCCAAUUUCAAGAGAUAACUCAGAUAAGCAGACACAGUGUUCAUUUGUAUAGCCACAACAGCAAUUCAAAUUAAUACAGGUUUACUGCCGAGUUCCUUAAGCCAUUAAAAUGUGACCUGUCCUCAUGGCAAGUACCACCUGCAGGAGGGAGCGAUGGUAGAUAAAAUAACUCAGAUGGCAAUGGUAGAGCUCCUUCAGCCAGAAGGGAGGAAGCAGAAGGUGGUGGCAGAUGCUGGAUACAAGCAACAGCAUUUAGAGCUGCACAUCCUGUUAUUCACCAGCCUGACAAUGAUCUGUGCAGUGAUCUGUCCUUGUUAGCAAGAUGUUAUGUGGGUCACAGUUAAAUCAGCUGGCAUGGCCCUAAGAAGAGUGCAUCAUGAAGGCCAGGACAAAUGGUUUCUGUAAAGAUGUAAUGAAAUUAAAUGAAAAGCUAUAGUUCAGAGUCCACUGGAAAUCCUUGGCUUUUAAUUACUGGAGAAGAUGCAGUUUCCACUGGAGAUUUUUAUUGAGUUUUGGUGGGAUAAGUAAUUCUGGAUCUGAAAGGCAAAUGGGACAAGAGUGAGCACAGAGAGUAACAGUGAUAUGGCUUCUUCAGGAGCUACCCAUUAGCUAGUUUUGCCCUCUACUCUCCUUUACAUCUAAGGAAGCUGAGAAGUCUCAGACACAAAGCGUUUCUCUUUAGCCACAUAUCACCAGCUUGCAAUGAAGAAUGGUCCUGUAAACAGGACUGUUUACAGAAAUCAUUCUCUGUGGCCUCCAGUCAUGUAGUCAUGUUAAACUCAUGACUUUUAGGUUCAGAAGACUCAAAAAAUUUGUCACAAACCAUCCAGAUCAAAAGAUUUUGUUUUGUCAUUUAAUGUUACUUUAAUUCUGUAAUAAGGCCAAGGAACAAUUUCUAUUAGAUGAGCUAUUAAAGCCCCUUAAAAAAAAAAAAAAAAAAAAAAAAGAAAGAAAAGAAAAGAAAAAAAGAAAUCCGUGUGUUUCCUUCCACUUGGCUUGCCUGCACUUUCCCCCUUAUGUGAGGGUUUCUGAUCUUCUUGACCAUUCCAUUUUACCUUUCCUUAUGCAGGAGGAGCAUUUUUUUAGACCACCAACCCAGAGUACUCAGCCUAGAAGCUCAGACUGGGUCUUACAGAUUUGUCAGUCAGCUGUUCUCUAGGCCAAAGCAAAUCAGAUCCCAGACCAAUCCCCUCUCCAUGAACUGAUAUCAUUCAGAAUGAUAAGGCAACAACCAAUGGCAGCAGGCAGAACCUAGUUCAUUCGCCACUAGCUGGGACAUCUCUGCUGUGCUAUCACAUACAACAGCCAGUUGGCUCUGAAGUGUGAGUAAGAUGCACAGGGUUUUCUCUCUUUGAAGCCAGCCCACACAAGUAGUGAUGGAGGGGCUGCAUCUAGUGGCUUGUUACAGGAUUUCCUCUCAAUGGGGUUCUCUAGGACUAGUGGGGAAGUUGGAAGAUGGAAGAGAGAUGGGUGCUGCUGCAGCUGUCCUACAUUUGCAUUAGUUGCAAGGGCUCCAACAUGGCAAAGCAUCAUAGCCUGAUUAGGUCAACAGCCUAGCCUGGCCUGGCCACAAAAGUAUUAAGUUACAAGAAUUCUCUAAUAUGAAAACACCACUUCCAUCUACAGAGCUUCCAAAUCCCUUAAAACAGUCAGCCUACAAACAUAGAAAGCCAGGAACACGUUUCAGACAAUAGUUUUGACACAGGAAUUCAGGGCAAAUAAAACAAAAGAAAGCUUAGGAAGGCUAUUCACUUGCCAGGAGGAAGGGCAACACCAUAAAGAAAAGCCUCCUAUGGCCAGAGAUACACUACAGCUGUUGGCAGCUAACACCACUUGGUGAACCUGAGGGCUUGACAGCACUGGAUUCACUUACAUCUCUAACGCCCACCUCUAACCAAGAGCCUAAACUAACCUUGUACAACGGGAGCUGCAACCAUCCUCUUCUGCUGAUAGGCCGCCAUAAUGCUAUUUGCAGUUGAAUUAGGUCCCAGGACCUGUAAGAAGCAGCAACAGACAUGUUCCAACCUGCACAAAACCAGAUGAGAGUGGAGAUACCUACAGAAAGUUUCUGCUACCAGUCUCCAAAAGUAGAAGCAGCUAGUUGCAGGACAGCUCAGUUUGAAGUGUCAGGAAUAUGGAAUCAAAGCCUAGUAAACUCUCAGAAAAGCUAAACAGAGGCAGAAAGAGAGCUCCUUUGGGACAGCCUCUCAGCAUACAGAAGCAAGACCCUCAUCCCAGCACAUUAAAUAGCAUAAAUCAUCAAGCAUGCUUUAUUAAUAAGGCUGAUGAUAUUUGAAGUUCACUAGAGGGCUCCAGCUACCUAACAUAAGGAAGGUUUUAGUCUGCCCUUAAAUGCCUGCAGAUCAGGGGUUAUGGACAAGAUACCGGGGAGUAUUUUGUGUUCACCUUGAAAACUCAAAACUAUUGAUCAGAGAAAAAGAAAGAAAAAAAAAACCAAAAUUGUACUCAGGAAAGCAACUAGUGCAACCCUCAUGAUUUCCUAAUACCAUAUCAAACUGAAGCCUAGAAGCUUGACAAACCACCUCCUUUCUGCAAUAUAUACUAUAUACUGUACUUGUUCAGACUAAAUUAAAUAUGGUCCUGGUAGUCAUAAAUGAGGUAGUAGCCCUCAGUAGUUCACCUCAUGGCAUCAGGAUGAUUAAUCAUUAUUUCAGUAUAUAAAAGGUACGCUGACACUUCAACCAUUAGUCCCAAGAAAAGAAACAGUAUUCCUAUGUUUUACAAAUUGCUUAAGAUAGGGCUUACAAGAAGAAGUUACCACUAGAACAAGAUGACACAAGCUUUAUGCAGCCUCAUCUUGUCCAGUGCAGCAAUUCAGCCCUAGAGAUGUAAGAAGCUAUGCCUCUUUUUACAUAUCUAGUGUACACUGAUUCAGAAGGUGCAGUGCUCUUUUAAUGUAUUGCACAGAACAUCUUUUUGACCUCUGCAAAAAAGGUCAGAUGUGGAAAGCCAGAGAAAGAUUCUGGAUGUCAAACAUGGUUAAACACUUGGAACUGCAAGGCAGGCACCAUGGUUAUUGCAGACAAGCACGGACCAGGUUGAGAGAGCUCUGCUGCAGCUCUGGACUCCAGAUUUCUGGGAGUGAGAUCUCCAUCAGGUGCAAAACCUCUUCCAGGACUCGCUGCAGUUCCCCAGCUUGCUCAUCGUAACCAAAUAGCACAAGCUGCUUCAGAAGGAUGUGUAUGUCUCCUACAGGAGAGAACAAAAGCCGAUGCAGGGAGGAUUAAGACAGGCAUAC